AUGGGUGAUUAUGAUAGAGUUGUGUCCAUCACUGCAAAAGGAUUGACUCUAGAUUAUGAUGCUUUAUGUUCUUUUAUGUCAAUCAUUGAUCUUGCAGAAAAUGAUCUAUAUGUUUGUAUCCCUCAUGAAAUAGGAAAUCUAAAACUACUACACGACUUAAAUCUAUCUGGAAAUCAUUUAAGAGAAGAGAUCACAGAUAAAAUUGGUUUAAUGAAUCAGUUAGAGUCUCUUGACUUAUCAAGAAACCAUGGAUUGUUUGUUCCUCAAACUGCAAUUCAUGGUUUGUUUGUUCAUACACAAAAUCGAACAAAGAAUGAGAUGCAAGAUAAGGGCAAAGUUGAAAUCGGAGGCAUGAAUCGAGGUGUACCUCCAGUUAUGGAGAUUUUGGAGAGGAAUUUGGUGAAGUCGUUCUUAGCAAUGCCAAGCUUGGUGUUGUCUUCGCGAAGGGCUUCGAGCUUGUCGGCGAUGAGAAGCUCAAGGGACCGACGAUGGGAAGCCUCGAUCAAGAAGAAGCUCGCGAGGGAUGUCAUCGUCAGCGCCGGCCAUGGCUUCACUGGCAACAGUGACAUUGAAGGAGGCACUGAGGGAGAGGAUCACUAG